AUGCUCGACGCUGACUCGGUGUUGCGGAGUAUAUGGCAGUGGAAAUACAUCAUUACCGACCUGACGAGUGUCUUUCGUCAGAUACCUUUUUUACGUUUGUCCCUAAAAUACUGCAGUAUAGUCACUCCUUUUCGUGGUAGUCGGUUAGUGGUAAAUAAAGCCAUCCUUCUACCCGUACAAAGCGACGAAUUGCGGAUCGUAACUGACGGAUCUGUAAGCAAGCGCGGACUCGGUGCUACUCAUUAUGCCUCGCGCAGAGAAGAAGCGGCAAAGCAGUUGGCGGGAACUACACUGACAACAACGUCCGUCCAUCUUCAGACGGAAUAUAUGGGGACUAGAAGGACGAAAGUGACUGUCCAUGGAGUGCUGGUGGCCAUCAACAGAGAUCAGCUGGGGGACAUUUUUGCCCGAUAUAGCGAGGUGGAGGAUAUCUUAGCAACAAUCAGUAAAGCCGGAAUUGCCACUGGUGACUUUUUCAUCCAGGUGAUAUUGACGCUCAAAAGUUUCAGGAAGAUCCCCCAACAUGUUGAUGUGCCGGAUAAAAUGAUACCUGUGGUCGUGGAAAGCCGUCGUCCUUACUGUUCUUGUGGUGCCUCAGAACACAUAUCUAAAGCGUGCCUCAGCCUAAACAAGCAGCAGUUGCGGAAGUGUCCGGCAAGGCCCCCGAUGUUAAUUGGAGGGGGUAGCCAGGAAAGGACGGAGUCGGCAAGCAAAAACUGCCCCCCCGCCCAACUCAACAGGAGGUCCCACAGCAACAACAACCCCAGGAACGACCGGAGCCUGAAAAGCUGCACCACCCGCUGUCGCACAUUUCCAGCUAAUAAACAGCAGCAUAUGGCUCCACCUCCUAUAGCACAAAUACUGCCUCCCACACCUUCCAAAAUGACUACCCUUAAGAAGGCUCUCAGUCCCAAAUCCUUAGCCCAGAAAAAAACCUACUCCUUCCCAUACCCCUAA